CGUCCCACUCACAGCUCCAGUAUAAAGCCCAUCCCCUGCUCCGUUCAGCACAGAAUCUGGCCCCUGGACAGCUCACCAUGCGACCGCUCUCCGUCUCGCUGUGCCUGUGUCUGGCCCUGGCUUUGAGCCAGGGCGCCCCCUCGCAUCAUGGCUCAAUGAAAGAUCACCACAAGGACCAUGCCCCAACACCUCACCAAGAGGAUGACGUCCUGGAUCGCUGUGAGGGGAUCGAGUUUGAUGCCAUAAGUCCUGAUGAGAAGGGCGUCACCUUCUUCUUCAAAGGUGACCGGUUGUGGAGGGGCUUCCAUGGCCCUUCCCAGCUCCUGAACAGCUCUUUCCAGGAAAUCGAUGACAGUCACCACCUGGGCCACGUAGACGCCGCCUUCCGCAUGCACCACGAGGACGGGUCCGAGCCGCACGACCACAUCUUCUUCUUCCAGGAUGACAAGGUCUUCAGCUACUACAACCACUCUUUGGAGGAGGGCUUUCCCAAGGACAUCAAGGAGGUGUUUCCUGGGGUUCCAACCCACCUGGACGCUGCAGUGGAGUGCCCCAAGGGCGAGUGCACCACCGACUCUGUGCUUUUCUUCAAGGGUGAUAACAUCUACCACUUUGACAUUAAAACCCGAACAAUUAAGAUGAAACACUGGGAUCAUCUCCCCAACUGCACGGCUGCCUACCGCUGGCUCGAGCGCUACUACUGUUUCCAUGGGCACCAGUUCACCAAGUUCCACCCGGUCACCGGGACUGUGACAGGGGAUUACCCCAAAGACGCCCGCAGCUACUUCAUGAAGUGCCCCAAUUUCGGCCAUGGGGGUAAUGACACAGACAGGGAUCGCUGCAGUAAUGGGCGUCUAGAUGCCAUCACUGUGGAUGACCUGGGAAAGGCCUACGCUUUCAGGGGCCAAUUCUACAUGCGUUUGGACACCAAGCGGGACGGCUGGCACACCUUCCCCAUCACCCACCUCUGGAAGGACCUGGCCAGCGACCUGGAUUCUGUGUUCUCCUACAAAGAUAAACUCUACAUGAUCAAGGGUGACCAGGUGUACAUCUUUAAAACCGGAGCGACCUACACGCUCAUAGAAGGGUACCCCAAAACUGUGAAAGAGGAACUGGGAAUCGAGGGCCCCAUUGAUUCUUCCUUCGUGUGCGGAGCCAACUCCACGGUUCACGUAAUUCAAGGGAAAAAGAUGCUAGACAUCAACUUGUUGGCCACGCCUCGCACCGUGACAAAGGAGUCUCUGCUGCCUUUCCCCAAGAUAGACGCAGCCUUGUGCGGCCCUGACGGGGUCAAAGUGUUUGUGGGGCCGGUGUACUUCCAUUACGAAACCCCCGCGCUCCUGGCUCUCAGUCGCAUCCAGCCAGAACCUCACAAGACCUCCGUGGAGAUGCUGGGCUGUGACCACUAGACCGGUGACCUCGCAGGGUGAAGCGCGGGCGUUCUGAUAGCUGAGGAACAACACGGUCACCAGAGCACGCUUAAAUACCGUAAACGUGCGCUUGAUAAGAAGCCACGCCUGCUGUUUGCUGAAAUACUACAUUUUUUUUUAUAACCAGCGGUUUUAAGGAUUUCCCGCAGUUUGAGUGUUCAAUGCUUUCUGUCCAUCCAUGGACUCCAAGAUUCUCGGUUUUGCAUGAUUUAUUGAACGAAAAAUAAAACUUACAAAACA